AUGUCCUCGACAAAGGGCGAGGACACCGAGCUGGGCGAAUCCCAUGUGGUCGCUUCCGGUUCCGAGCUGCCUGGAGCCGUGGGCAACACCGAGGGCCAGGCCCCGAAGCCCACGGUGCGUGUCGCCUCGCCAGAGCCGGAGGCGACAUCGGUGUCUGUAGCACCUCCUGAUGAUGCGCCGCCGAAGUGCGCAUCCCCGAACAGCCAUGGGAAGUCCUACAUCGAGCAGAAGAUAGGUGCUUGGGUGUCCUUUAACACCCUGCAUUCUGAUGCGAUGAGCACGAACAUGGAGGAUCCCUUCCCUAGCGUCAGCUGGCAGUGGGAGCACCGGAGUGGUUGGCGAGACUAUCCCCGCAAAGUGAGCACGAAGAUCGAGCAAGCUUAUCGUGCCGGGGAGACCAAAACCAGGGUGCAGACUGGAAAGAAAGGAUCCGUCCCCAUGGAGAUUUUCUUUGAGGACAUGCUCCAGCAUGACCCCAUCUCUGGCAACACCCGGAACGUGAACAGGGCUGGUGAUUUUUCCUGCAGACAGAAGCUCGUGCGUUUCCUGGGCAGCAUCAUCAG